AUGCCCCACUUCAACGUCUUUAGAUCGCGCAGGAUAGAGAACUCUGGUAUAACAGAGGAUUCCAAUUCUUUCAAUGAUGGCCAGAUGCCGCGACCUCCGGAACGUAGGCAGCAUCCCCCUUCUGGCUUUCGUUCAAUUCUUACAAGAAAUCGUAGAGCAAGACCUCAGACAAAUGCUCAUACGGACGACGAGGAAUGGCAAUUGUUAGAUCGCCCUCCCAAUAUGCGUGCCACUGUCGAGGAUUAUUCGUCAGAUGAGGAGCCAGCUCCGAGUGAUGUGACGGAUAGCUCCGUGCAUUAUAUCUCAGAAUCGUCUGCAGUCGACAGUCAAGUGCCACUGGUCGAACGAGAGGAUGAGCCUAUUUCCAGCCGCCUAUACGAGCAAUUCUCCAACUCUGCAACACCCCAUGCAUCCCAUGUCACCCGCCUGGAAUUGCAGGACCGCGAUAUCGAAGACCACCAUCGGUCGAAUGGGAGCCUACGUCCGUACAUGGAUCCUCCAAUAUCUCACAGCCCCACACUCAGCAGCAGCUCAGCUAGCAUAGUCUAUACAUUGGACGAUGGUACUCGUGUACAGGUUCCUACAGCGUCCUAUCAAAGAGGGAGAUCGUCCCAUAGGCAGGCAACCCGUAAAGACAAGACAUACUACAUCAUACCUCCUGGCAUGAAUGUUAUAUUUCGAGACAAGGAUGGAAGUGAGAUCACACGUGGUGCUGAUGUCAUCCGUACGUUGAUUCUCAGCGUAGGAGAUUUCACUGGCACCAGUACGCCUAUGCGAUACCAAGAAGCACCGAUCAUUCUUAGAGAUGAAAGUGGCCGUAUCAUUUAUCAGUAUGUUACGAACUUGACUCUGAUACGGGCUUCGUAUACUUAUCCACCUAAGGACCGAGUUGCUGGUAAUACACAUAGUCGUGAUGGACCAAGCGUGGUCCAUCUUGGGCGUACAACGAUCACGAUUUCCAUCGUACUCAGCAGGUAUAUCGCUCUCCUAGCGUUCAAAGCGCACCGAGCAUGGUCUACAUGGGUCAAGAUCGCACACCAAGGGCCUCAACUUCUGACCUUCGGUAUCAAGCCAGUAAUACUCGAAGUUACGACAGUCUGA